GGCUAAGCGCGGAAACGAACCCUAUUUUUGGAUUCCCAACCCGUGUCUCGGAUCAGCACUGUGCACGUGCUUCGACGAUCAGGCGGUUUCACGAUGUGUCAAAAAAUGCCCCCCGUCCGUGGCUGCGCCUGCUGAGGAAAUGGCCGAGGACCGCUCGCCGUCGCGCUGACGAAUGUCGUGAGUCGAUAAAAUCUCUCAGAAUGUAACUUAAAAUUCGUUGCCGUUCGGCUGCGCAGCAUCCGUGCCGAUUUUUCUCGCCGCGAUCGGAGCGGAGUGCAUUGUCGGCUACCGUCGAGAGAUCGCCAACAACGUCGCGUCACGAUGAACUCGUGCAGAGGUAGGAGCGAGGAGAUCCUGGCGAAGGUCCUGGACCUGUUCCUGCUGCCGGACUACAACGUCGUCUCGACGACCUACCUGGACCAUCUGCUCACCCACAUUGCGGAGAACACGAGAGAAUGCUCCACCGUCGACUACGAAUACUGCGAGGUCUUUCAGAAGUGGAUACCGAAGGCUCUGGCGAUAUGGGAGUCCGGACAGAAGGCCUCCCAGCCCGUGAUUACGUUCACGCUGAAGCUGGUGGGGAUCAUAUCGCGGCACGAGCUGCGCUAUCACUGCUGGCAGUGCCAGGACGUGUACAAUCGACUCUACAAAAUUCUGCAGCUGCACAGAGAGGAUCUGCCCGCGUCCGUCAAGAUGGCAUACACCACGAUGCUGUCGGACUUGAUUCUCCAUCGUAGCGGCAGGCAGUGGGUAAUACAGUCUGGCGUGUGGAAGGACGUCGUGAAGUACGCGCACUGGAAUCAAACGAUGUACGUCACCAGGGAGAGCCAGAAGUUUUUGUGGACGCUGCUGCUGCACGAGCAGAAGAACACUGAGACGUGCAAGGAGAUCAUAUUGGCGGUCGCCGCUCCCCUGAUGAGCAACAUUUUCGACGUGCAGAUGCACCAGGCGCUGGAGGAGACGUAUCUGGAGCAGAACAAGCUGCUCUGCUCCACGUUGGACUUGCUGACCAACAUUCUGGAGAACACGCUGUUCGCCAGUCUCGACAACAGCAUACCCGAGCUGAUCGAGAGCCUCGUGGACCUGGAGAUGCGGGUGAAGGCGCUGUUCGAGGCCUGCAUCAGCACCCGAUUCCUCCAGCACGUGCAGAAGCUGCUGCUGCUCUCGCUGUUCCUGAAGCUGAAGCAGGGAAUCAAGGAGGACACGACGGUGAUCGACAGCAACAUGUACCACAAGUUCUGCUACGGUCUGUGUUACAUUUCCAUGAUGCUGCUGUCGAAGAAGUACAUCAUAGAGCUGGUGAAGAACAACAAGUUCUCUAUGACGUACUAUAAAAAGUUGGAAGCGUUACACGAGUUCGUUCUGCCGGAGCAGCACAAGUUCGAGCAUCAGGCCAUCGCCAUAAUGAUACUACCGUUGUGCGUGUGUAUAAAAAAGAAUCAGUGGACUCACGACCUCUUCGACAUGUUCAUUGGCAAAAUUUUCGACGUGACGAGCACCGCUGUACAAAGAUUGGCCUACAACAUGAGGGACAUCAUACGGAAGGGGGACCUUCCGAUGGAGCAGAUUUGCAAAGUUUCUAUCGAUCUGCUACUCGAAAUAUCAGAUAUAAUGGAUAGAGACGUGGCUGUGAUCACUUUCCAGGCCUUGUGCCACGUCUUGAAGAGUUACAUGCCGGACAAGUGGAUGUGCGGGCAAACGAUAAAUUGCGCGCAGUCGAACGUCAACAGCACCUCCCCCUCGGAACAUCCGCGGAAAUUGCUGUACAAAUCGAUAUUGGACGGUGAUCCCAUAGUCGAGUAUCCCGUUCUACUGGCGUCGCUGCUCGACGGCCUGGCCGUCAUGACGGAGAAAUUCAAGCUCAAGUGGCAGGAGUGCGUGGAAACGAUAUGCGUGCUGUCCCUCGCGCAGGAGAUUCUCAAUCAUCCCGGGAUACUACCGAUGAUCUGCGUGAAGGCGUUGAAACUGUGCAAGCUCGCCAUCCACAACUUUAUGCCGCCCAAUUUGGCGCUACUCGUGGACUCGGACAGCAACAUGAACGAGAUCGGGCCUACGCUCUUCAAAAGGUUGCACGACCCCAACUGGGAGGUGAGAGACAGUGCCUUCGAGGUUCUCAACACCAUCGCGACUAUUUCCGAAGACAAAUAUCCGGCGUUCCAGGACUUCCUGUUGAACAACCAGUUUCCUAAAGUGGCGGUCGAGAUCAUCAAGACGGACGGCGAGAGUUACGUGCGAGCGUCGGCGUUAACGUUCAUCGCGACUAUGAUACGCAUCAACAAGCUGUGGGAGCGGCAACUGUCGCAAAUAGAUUUAACCGAAACGGCGAUUUAUCUACUUAAGAACGAGAGCGAGGCGAUAGUCAGGAGAGAGGCUGUGAAUCUAAUCAAGGAGCUGUACGUUCAUCAGAAGUGGUCGAGAGAGGUCAUCGAUUCGAUGCUGCGAGCGAUGUGCGUCGCGGCCGUGUUCGAUCUGCACUGGGAGGUGAAGACGAACGCGUUGUCCUUCUGGGACCACUUCGUCAAGUCGCACUUGACGGAUCAGGGAAUGCUCGACGACUCGUUCCCGAACGUGACGUUUUCUAAAGAGCACAGGAAGAUCGUGGCGUUGAACGAAAGAGAAAUCAAGCGGAGGCUCAAUAAGGCGCUGGACGAGCUGGCCAGGCAGAGUUGCCUAGGUGUACUUCUGGUCACCCUGAAGGACGACAGCGACUUCGAGGUGUGCAAAGCGUCCGCCGCGAUAAUCGGCAAGCUGAAAACCUGCCUGCUCAAGUACAAGCUCGACGAACCGUCGACGCCGGUGCCGCACAACGCGACGAUAGACACCGUCUAUAUCAAGGAGCCACCGGCGAUUUCCUCGUCAAAUUGCGUCGAGAAAACUCGAGACGCCUCGAACGUUAUCGAGGAGAUCGUCGACGCGAACGAUGCCAAUCUGCUCGCGACCAUCUACAAGAACUCGAUGAACAUGGACGCCGAGAUGACGAUAGACGAGGAGGAGAAGGAGGAGAAGAAGACGCUCCGUUACAUCUCGUCCGUGACGCGCCAGGAUUUCCUCCACGCGAUCUUCAACUGCGACAUCGACGCUUACAUCGAGGAGAAGAAUCGCUGGCUGAAGACGUACACCAGCAGCUUCGAGUCGAUUCUGGACGACAUACUGACGAUGUACCAGCAGAAUGACGUCAACUCGAUGGACUGCUAUUGAACUCGUAGCGUCGUAAUGUCACUUCGCUGUGCGUCACAACACACUAAAGGCCGGUCUAAAAUUAGAAUGUGAAGACGUUGGCGUAAACGGCUUCUAAGGAAGAAUUUGUCACGAGAAAAGAUUCUCUGUAAGUUAAGUGCACAGACAUUAUCAGUUGUCCCCUAUGUUCAGUCAGCAGUCAUUUAUCUCGUAAAAUGUCGCGUCUAUUUCCAAAACUUUGAAUUUUCGGGCUGUCGUCCGCGCGAAAUAUCGGCCGGUCGAUAAGUGUGUUAAGCAAGUAUAUGAUAUGCGUUCCCUCGUUACAUUGGGAGACGUGUUGAUUGUAAAAUUUGUUAAAUGUUGCAUAUACGAGCGCAAGUUAAUGUACAUAUAUAUUUGAGUACGUUCCUGAGAUCGAGUUAAAAUCGCGAAAUUUGCUCUUAAUUUCUCUCGUGCGAGAGAACUGGAGAUUUAUUUUUAAUUUCUAUGAAGCAGUCCCUUGAAAUUU